GUGAAAUCUUUGGAUGACUUCUUAUACCAACCGAUCCUGUGUUCCUCGCAUUUGCCUCCUCUUCUCCAUUACGCUCCUACAAACAUGAAUGACUUCAGGGAGAGCAAGCAGUACUGCUAUUUCCACCCCAAGCAGUUGGUCGUGGGGAUAUGUGCUCAGUGCUUGAGAGACAGGCUCCUGCUCUUGGAAUCCAAACAAGCUCAUCUUCCUCGAACCAAGGACGGCAUUAGGUCAUUCAGAGUCUUGAAGAGGAAAUCCAUCAUCGCCCUUCCUAAAAUCUUCGCUCUGGGCUCUUUCGUACAUCUCCUCGAGCCCCAUCAUCGUGAGAACAAAGAUCACUCCGAAGACGAAGGCUCCAUUGACAGCCUUGAAGACUCAUUCAUAACGAUGAAGUUUGAGGAUGAUGGACAAGCUUCAUGGAAUACUGACGGCAAAAGCAAGAGCAUCGAGUCUUGUGCAAACAACACAAUGAGCGAUGACACCAAGGUGGUAAGAACAGCACUGGUGGAGCACUCAAACCCCGGUGGGGUGCUGAGAUGGCGAAAGAGAAUCGGGCAGCUUCUCCAGCUUGGACGUUGGAAGCGGUCCAACAAGGCAAGCACAUGCCAUGUCGGAUUUAGAGGGAAGGUGGAAGGAGUCAAGGGAAGGAGAAGUUGGAUAAGGAGCUUCACAAGGAGGACCACCAGCAGUGACUAGUGGAGAGUGGCAGGCUAUGCAUUAUGAACUUUAGCUUUCCUUCACCCAAUUUGAUGUCAACUUUGCUGCAAAGUAUUGGAUGAGUAAAUCAAACACAUGAGACUUGAGUUUUGACUGUAUACUGACUGUACAGCAUCAAGCUAUUAUUAAUCAUGGCAAAAAGGGGUUCUUUUUCGACAUGGAAAGAUCACUUGAUUUUGGUCAUCUUCAUCUGCAAGCAAAAGAAUGUCAAUGUGCUAUGGAUGUUUUCUGAAUCUGUAGGCUCAUCAAUGCACUUUGUGGAUUCUGAACUAAGAUGAAUAAAGCAUGAAAGGAAGCUGAAUUUUCUUAAGCUUGAUCCACAAUGCAUUAAAUCUAUGAAGAUUGAUGAUGGUUUUGUGUGGGUAGAAGACUGAUAAAUUAUUGGAGCAAAAAAAAGAAAAGAAAGUUGAUUCCAUAAUGCAUUUAUAUUCAUGGAGCUGUUGUUGGUAUUGAGAAGAUUGAUGAUUGUGUGGAUAGAAGACUGAUUAAAAAGCUAUUGAGGCCAAUUC